AUGGGUGGGGACAUGGGUACCUUUCCUAGCUUGCUGUCACAGGGAAUCACAAAGAAGAACUGGAGUGGUAGCUAUUUUUCCUUUUUGCCUGAAGCUUUCCAAUCUGGAAGGAUGUUGGGGAGAUUGCUGCUUGCCUCUGCCUGGGUUACUGUUGCUUACACUGAACUUUGCAAACCAGGCAAACAGAAUGCUGUCAAAGUGCGGCUUAGUAUCAAAACAGCUUUGGGAGACAAUGCAUAUACCUGGGAUACCAGCGAAGAAUAUCUAUUUAAAGCAAUGGUGUCUUUUGCUAUGAGAAGAUAUUCCAGUCACGAAAAAACCCAGACUUCCAAUGUAUUGCUUUGCAAUGUAACAGAUCGGGUAUCAUUUUGGUUUGUGAUCACUGAUUCAUCCACAAAUACCACAACCAUUCCCAGGAGGCAUGUGGAAGAAGCUAUAAGAAUGAAUAGAAACAGAAUCAACAGUGCCUUCUUAUUAAAUGAUGACACCCUACAGUUCUUGGAAAUCCCACCAACUUUAGCACCACCAGCUGAACACACUGUGCCUGUCUGGCUGAUAGUAUUUGGGAUUGUUCUUUGCAUCAUUAUGGCUGGAAUUGUUUUCCUUAUUAUAUCAGGAAUCCAGAAACACAAGAGACGUAAUAAGAAGCUUGAAGAAACAGAAGUUUUAGAGGAGAAAUGUGAAAUUGCCAUAACAGUAAAAAAUGGAAUCCCCUGUGAUGCCUUGGAUUUGAAAUCUGGCCAGGUUAAUGGAGUCUAUGCAGCAACAGAUGAUGAACGGUUCACACCCUUAUGAACUGUCACUAUGUUCUCAUUAGUUCCUUUUCAAGACACCACCCUGUUUUAUCUGGCUAAUAAUGCUGAUCAUCAAGCAGAAAGAAGAGGACUCUAAUGUGUCCCCCCCUCCCCCCGCACACACACUUUGGCAGAUGGUAAACAUGCAUAUUCCAUAUUCAGUUUUCAUCAAAAGUUCAUCAUGGAAAGAACAAAUAUAAUACCCAAUGUUAUAUAUUCUUUGGGUGUGCCAAGGGAUUGGGGAAAAGGCGAUUUUCCAUCAAGCACUUUGUGAUGUGUUACUAUUUAAACACAUAGUUACACUUUGUCCUUUUCAGUUUCUCUAGAAAAAAAAUAUGACUUACUUUGUUCCAUUAUUAUACUAAUAAGGAAGAUUAUCCAUUUCAUUGAGGUCUGUGAGAAUAGUGCAUGACUGCUAUAGGCUGAAAAAAAAACAUUUGUUGCACUUAAGAAGUGGGCAGCGGAUAGCUUUUUGGAGAGCAUAAGUGGUAUUAUAGAGCUGUCAGUGUGACCUCUGCAUUCCCUUUUUUUUUUAAUGUCCUGCCAUCAUCUCUGGUCAUAGUGCUUUUACAGAUUUCUAUAUGUUUCAAGAUCUAAUGAGAAAAUAGCUCUCAGUUAACUGCUUCAGUUGACUUGGAAGCCUUUCACUAUGACUGUUAUCAGAACUGAUUGGAUAGUAUCCAUAUAGUCUAAAUGGGUGGAAGUUGAUUCUAAGAUAUUCAAAGGUGGAACCAAAGGUAGAAAAUGGAGGCAGUGACCACUCUUGUGCCAAUACCCUUAGGAAAUAAAAGAAUGGUUAAUAACUGAACACAAGUUUUAAAAUGUUCUAUACCCUCCUCAAAUAAUCUACUUAUAUUUGUUCCCCUUCAUGUCUUGUCCUUUCAGACUGUAAAUUAUUCAGACAAAGAUCAUCUCUUCCAUAUAGCAUGUGACAGUCUUUGUUGGAUGUUUUUGGACAAUAAAUAAAUAAAAUACACAAUAACAUCUUG